AUGCUCAACCGCGUGUCACCCCUUUCACAGCAGCCUCCUUCCUCAGGUUGCAUACACCUAGCCAACUGCAACUUUCCGUACCUGCUCCUCCUCCUCCUCCUCCUCCUCCUCCUCCUCCUCCUCCUCCGGCGUCUCUUCCCCUGGAUCUCUGUUGAUGCUGGUGUCUCCUGUGCGGUUCAGACGACUACGUCGGUUUCUAUCUUGGGCGGCUGCCUUUCGCCCUCUCCACACAAACACACCAUUAAGCCCAACUUCCGGGGUAUUUCUUCCUUCAAGACUUCCCACAGGCUUGCAUCUCAGCUCCUCGACAAGUAUUCUGGCUUCACUCCUACCAAACUUCAACUUCUCUGCUCCAGCGCACGACAUUGUUCAUCACAUCUGAAGCACUGACCCUCCUGUCUUUCCUUGGCUCCGCCGUUUCGUGCCUGUACGUCUUGCUGCCGCAAAGGCCGAGUCCAAGCUUCUGCAGAUGGGCAUCAUUUGUCAGUCUGAAAGCCCUUGAGCCUGGCCUCUGCAUUUGGUUCCCAAGGCUGCCACUGGCGACCGACGUCCCUGCGUUGACUGAUGGGCCUUAGACAUCAUCAUCAUCAUCAUCAUCAUCAUCAUCAUCAUCCCGGAUCGCUUCCCUGUUCCACAUCUUCAGGACUCUGCCAGUGCCCUGCUCGGCAAGUUCAGAGAUUUGUUCAAAGAGUGCUCCAUGGCCUACACUCUGUCAGCUUCCUUGUUGACGACCUGUUACUGGCCAGCUCCUCCCCCAAAUAACACAUGGAGCGUCUCCCAACAGUAUUUGGCCACUUUCAACAAUUUGGCGUUGUUGCCAACCCGCCACUGUGUGUUUGCGGCUUCCCCUCCUCGAAUAUGUUGAACACCUGGUUGACUCAAACGGCAUUUACCCUCUUCAUGUAGAGGUCGCGGUCAUCCGUGAAGUGUCGUCUCCCAGUUCCAAGCGUCAACCGUUGUGCUUUCUUGGCAUUGUUAAUUUCUACCGCCGGUUCUUCCAGAACUGUACCAGCGCCAUUCUGCCGCUCAUGAAUCUCCUCUCGGGCGCCGAAGAUUCGUUCGAGUUGUCCCCAUCUGUCCUUGUUGCUUUUUACAAGAUGGAGGCUGCCCUGGCCGAUGACAUCCUCCUGACGCAGUCUGCAUCCGACGUUCCUAUUUCCCUCUCGGUUGGGGCCUCCAAUAUGGCAGUCGACGUGGUUCUCAGGCAGCACUUCGCAGGUGAGUUCCAACUCCUAGCGCUCUCCUCCAGAAAGGUGUCACCUGUCGAAUUGCAUUAG